AUGGGUGGAAAAAACUCCAAAAAAGCUAUUGUCCUUUCAACAGCAGGUGCUAGUGCAAUUACAGCAGCUUCAUCGACAGCCAUGCUGCGAAGAGAGCGCAUGGCCGAAAAUUAUUUGGUCAUCUGGGUCGAUGGAAAUAUCGACAUGGCAAAUGAAGAUUGCCAAAAUACAAUGGAACAAUUACGUGCUGUCGUCAAUCAAGUUAAUCCAUGUAAGACAGCUGAACAAUGUAUACAACAGCUCACAGAAAAUCAAGAGGAGAUCUCAUUUGUUAUCUCCUCAGGUACACUUGGACAACAUUUAGUGCCGGACAUUCAUGAUAUGGCAAAAUUAAAUGCCAUUUUUAUAUUUUGUGGCAAUAAACAACGGCACCAACAUCCAACGCCAUUUGGUGGUAUACACGCCAAUGUUUUACCUACAAAAUGCUGA